ACUGCCUUUCACUCGCGCUCCUCCGGCGCGCAGCCGCCCGGCGCCGCGGGACCCCAGGGCCGCAGAAAACCCAUUCCUUGCUGCCAAAGAUUUAACAGAAUGCUCUCCAAUGAAUCCUUACACCCGCCUGCAUAUACCCGCUCCGACUCACAAGCCUCCAUAGACAGCACCUCCAUGGAGGGUUUCUGGCGUGAAAUAGAGAGUAUUAAAGAGAGCUGCAUGGACAACAGAGGACACGAGGAGCGAACACCCAUGGAGGUCAAGCCCUUGGAUGAAGGAGAACUUGAAGCCGAAUGGUUGCAAGAUGUGGGUUUGUCAACUCUGAUCUCUGGUGCUGAAGAAGAGGAUGGGAAGGCCUUGCUUUCGACGUUAACUCGAACUCAAGCAGCCGCAGUGAAAAAGAGAUACAACACCUAUACUCAGACCCUGAGAAAAAAGAACAAGCAGUCGAUCAGGGACGUCAGGGACAUCUUUGGGCUCAGUGACUCACGUUCAGAUGGUACCUGUGGCAACCAUGCUACUCAUUUGGAUGGUACAGAAGAAGAAAAAGAGAUGCCAACUGUUGUCGAAACAAGCACUCCCAUGCCAGAUGAUACAUCUGUCAACGGCAUUGCCCUGUCCGACGGGUCCCAGGAUGAAGAGGGGAGCUUGGCAGAACCCCAGGGUGGCUCCAUGGCUAGAUUUGAGACUAUUCCAGACCUAUCGGUUCAUGCCAAUGGCUCAGCAGACCCUGGAGAGAAGCCAGCUCAAACUGCAAUACAGGGUGCUCAUGAUGUGGAAAAGGACAUUCCACCAGAAGCUGAAGAACUGUCCUUUGAAGUUUCUUAUUCAGAAAUGAUUACAGAGGCUCCACGGAGACAUACAUGCAAGAAAGCAGUGAUGAAAAAAGAAGACUUUGCUUUAGCUAAAUUCAUUGUUAAGAAAACCAGGUUUGGCUUAACAGAAGCAGGAGAUCUGUCUGCUGAAGACAUGAAGAAAAUCCGCCAUCUCUCUCUGAUUGAAUUGACUGCCUUUUUUGAUGCCUUGGGAAUCCCACUGAAAAGAAACAAAACAGAGCGAGUGAAAGGGCGAGACAGUGGCAUUUUUGGAGUUCCACUUACCGUCCUACUGGAUAACGAUCGAAAAAAGGACGCCGGCGUGAAAGUUCCCCUCGUCUUACAAAAAUUCUUUGAAAAAGUUGAGGAAUCGGGACUGGAAUCUGAAGGAAUUUUUCGACUUUCUGGAUGUACCGCCAAAGUCAAGCAGUACCGUGAAGACCUGGAUACCAAGUUUAAUGCUGAUAAAUUUAAAUGGGAUAAAAUGUGCCACAGAGAAGCUGCAGUGAUGUUGAAAGCAUUUUUCAGAGAACUACCCACCUCUCUCUUCCCUGUGGAGUAUAUACCUGCCUUCAUCACUCUAAUGGAAAGAGGGCCGCACAUCAGAGUACAGUUCCAGGCGGUACACCUCAUGAUCAUGGCGCUGCCUGAUGCCAACAGAGACACAGCCCAGGCCCUCAUGACAUUCUUCAAUAAAGUAAUUGCCAAUGAAUCCAAAAACCGAAUGAGUAUGUGGAAUAUUUCUACUAUUAUGGCACCGAACCUUUUCUUCAGUAGAAGCAAACACUCUGAUUAUGAAGAAUUACUGUUAGCAAACACCGCUGCCCACAUCAUUCGCCUAAUGCUUAAGUACCAGAAAAUUUUGUGGAAGGUUCCCUCUUUCUUAAUCACUCAAGUACGCAGAAUGAAUGAAGCCACCAUGCUGUUAAAGAAGCAACUCCCGGGUGUGAAAAAGCUGCUAAGGAGGAAGACCAUAGAACGAGAGGUCACAAGCCCUAAGACUUCAAAAAUGCUACAGAAAUCACCUUCUUCAAGAAGAGUGCUUGUUUCUCACCGGCAGUCUGAUGUGCCCGAGGGAGUGAUCCGGGUCCAUGCUCCGCUGCUCUCGAAGGUUUCCAUGGCUAUUCAACUCAAGAGUCAGACCAAAGCCAAAGACAUAUUGGCAAAAUUCCAAUAUGAGAACAGUCAUGGUUCAUCUGAGUGCAUUAAGAUCCAAAACCAAAGGUUAUAUGAAAUUGGAGGAAAUAUAGGGCAGCAUUGCUUGGAUCCAGAUGCUUACAUAUUGGAUGUAUAUCAUGUAAAUCCUCAUGCUGAGUGGGUGAUUAAACCCCAGGCGCUUCUCAACUGCUUCCCAGAUCUUGUAUGUGACUGAAGACUAACAUGAGAUAACAUGGUCUCUUCUUUCAAGCAUAUUUGAACUGGUUUUCACAAAUGUAUUACUUUCCUGAAAAAAAAAACAUAGGCUUGUGUAAUUUUUAUUUGAUAACAAGCAUUUUGUAAUUUCUUUUCCAUAAAUAUGUGACCUAAUAAAAAUAAUAUAGAACGGGUGAAAACGUUUCAAGCAUUUUCCGU